AUGUCGGAAGAACGACGUGAAAAUAAUCCACACGGACCACAAGAUGAUUCACAGAAUCCAAAAGAUGAAAAACUAAAAGAUGAGAAACCAAAAGAUAAUGAAACAAAAGAUAAUGAACUAAAAGAUGAAAGUUAUGAUAAAAUUUUAGAGCAAAGGGCGGUUGCUUCUAUGAGUCAAGCUGCAUGUACAAACGUUGUCCAAUUAGGAAUAGUUAGAUUUUUAUUAAGAAUGGAUGAAGCUGGGUUUUCCCCAUCUAUAGUAGAUAUAGUAGAAUAUGUUGGUUUAUUUUAUGCUAUGAAAGAAUUAGCCUUAAGAUAUUCUAUCUUCAUGACUUUAAUUUCCCUCGCUGGUGCAUUUAGUGGGAUCGCUGUAAGCAUUCUUCAUAAUUGGUUUUCAAUGAUUUUUAUAAUUGAAGGCAUACCAACUCUCAUUGCUGCCAUAGUUGUUGCUUUAUACAUGACUCGUGAUCCAGCUGAUGCCUGUUUUCUCACACCCGAAGAACAUAAAUUCGCUAUUGAUCGUCUAAGACCUGAAGGUGGCCCUACUGAUGUUGAUCGUAGCACUGCAAAAGCUCAGAUAAAACCCGCUUUUACUGAUCUUAAAGUUUACGUUUAUUUAAUAAUUAUACAAGCUCAGUUGAUGGUCGGGGUACCUCUUGCUAUUGGAACUAUCUGGAUGACCUUUAAUUCUUGGGCAUCUGAUAGGUACCAGACGAGAGCCUUGAACUUAAUAGCCGCUCAUUUAUUAUCUAUCACUUGUCUGAUAGGAUUAUUAGUUACUGAUUCCAAAAAUCCUA